UUGCAUUCACUUUUACCCGCUCUCCAUUGACAAUAUCCUGAACUGCGAUGACUGCUCUUCUUGCUGACGCGUUCAUGCAUGCUCACCACGCGCUGAUGGCCCGCAGUAGCAAUCAUGAGCAGUUCCCAAUCUAUCUGAACUUGGUUUUCAAGGCAUACAGUCUCAAGACAGAUGGCAAGCUUUGCUCUGGCAUACUUCUUCCUCAUUGUGCUGGGAAUUGCCGAGCGCCUGCUCUCGCUGAGCAUUGACCUCAUCCAGGACAAGCCUGGACAGCCGUGGCGCAUCUUCCCGCGGGCAUGCAUCUACUUUGUGGUGACGCUGUUCCGCUACGUGCUGAUGAUUGCGAUCAUGAACGUGUAUAUCCCCAUGUUCUGCGUUAUCUGCCUUGGGCUAACGCUGGGCCAGAUCAGUGUCGAGGGGAUCAGGUAUAGGGCGAUGAUGCGUAGGCUGAAGCACCAAAUUGGCCAAGGCUCGAUCAUCGAUGGGUUCACUCAGAUCAAGAAUCCAGUCGAGGAGUCAACGCCGUUUAGCGUGGUGCCAAUGUCACACACCAAGGACGGGUGCUGCUAAGAUAUGUUUACAUUGUUUUAAGCGAAUGCAAUGUAUAUAAGUGCACGUAUUCCAAAUCCAGCUAGCUGAAGUCAUAGCGAGACAUAGGGGACAGAGCCCAAAAAUCGGAAUCAACUGAUCUACUUCCUCUCCGAAUGCCAUACUAUCCGCACGCAUCCAUUUGGCGAUGAAUCAGCCAAAGGCGGUUGACGACGUGCC